CUCAGCUUGUUAAUGUUCAGCUGGACACACAGACCUGAGGUGAAUACAUCAAACUCUUUGCUAGGUAGAAACAGGACCAUCGACUGAGAAACAUCUCUUCUAGGCGGCGUUUGAAGAUUUCUUUUGCAGGUUCUGGUCUGCGGCGGCGUUUGAAGAUUUCUUUUGCAGGUUCUGGUCUGCGGUUGGGUCGGAAGGUGAGAUCAGGUCAUCUGAGUUGAAACAUGAGCAAGUUUGUGACUCUCUCAUCAAGGCAGAGAAUGCCUAUCAUUGGACUUGGUACAUGGAAGAGUUCUCCAGGACAGGUGAAACAGGCAGUGCUGGCGGCUCUAGAGUGCGGAUACAGACACAUCGACUGUGCUGCUGCUUAUGGAAAUGAACAGGAGGUUGGAGAAGCUCUGGCUCAGUGGGUCGGACCAGGAAAGGCUCUGCAGCGUGAUGACGUCUUUGUCACAUCCAAACUCUGGAACACCAUGCAUGACCCAGAGGAUGUUGAAGAGGCAUGCAGGACCAGUCUGGACCACCUGGGUCUCUCCUACCUGGACCUGUACCUCAUCCACUGGCCCAUUGCCUUUCAGCGGGGGACGGAGCUGAUGCCUCGGCGAGAAGAUGGAAGCAUUUGUUACUCUGACACACACUACAGAGAUACCUGGACAGCUAUGGAGAAGCUUGUAGAUAAAGGCCUGGUCAAGGCCAUAGGACUGUCCAAUUUCAAUGCCAGGCAGAUCGAUGACAUCAUCAGCACAGCCAGACACACACCUGUAGUGAACCAGGUGGAAUGCCACCCAUACCUGUCUCAGACAGACCUCCUGGCACAUUGUCGAUCGAAGGCAAUCUGUGUGACUGCUUACAGUCCUCUGGGGAGCAGAGACAGACCCUGGGCCACUGCCGAUGAACCUUGUCUGCUCCAGGAUCCCCAUCUGGGAGACAUCGCCCAGAAAUACCAGAAAUCUCCAGCUCAGGUGAUACUCAGGUGGAACAUUCAGAGGGGUGUAGCAUGUAUUCCCAAAAGUGUGACGCCAUCCAGGAUCCAGGAGAAUCUGGCCGUGUUCGACUUUUCCCUGUCACAAGUGGACAUGGCGCUGAUCGACUCCUUAAACCGCAACAUGCGCUUUGUUGUCCCAACAACCGAGAAAGAUGGCAAGAAAGUGUUUCGAGACGCACACCAUCCUCAUUUCCCCUUUAAUGAUCCUUACUGAGUCUACGUUGAAUACAAAUUGAGGAAAAUAAGCAGACUGGAAUAAGAUCAGAAAUGUUCCACUUCUUUGGCUACAUUUGUUAAAAUGACUACUUACUAAAACUAAGAACCAAAAUCCAUUUUCUGUUAACCUCUGUAGUCCACAGCUGAAACGCCUCUCAGCCACAUGAGAUUAAGAUUUUUCUGAUCUGCAUUUUCUUAAAUGUCCCCCCCCCCAAAAAAAUGGUAGAUGUUAUUAGAGUUUAGAUUCAAUCAUUCGGAUAGCUUUGUCACAAUUGCCUGUUUGUAUUGAUCCACGUUUUAUACCUUAAUCAACUUGUUUUGUUGUUGUUUCACUGAUUAAAUAAAGACAGAAGCUACCGCCUCCA